UUGGCCCUCUGUGUGGGCUGUUUAGGCCUCUGUGUACCUGAAAUGUCAGGGCUUAUUUCAAUUCUCAGUCCAGACCUGGAUACAGUGGUGGGCCCUGAUGCUCCCACACACUUCAAGCAGAUGGUACAUCUUUCAGGCACUGGCACAUGGCUGAAUGACCGUUAUCUGUUGGCAGACUCCACAUGUUUUACCAGCAAUAAAGCCACAACCCUGCUAAAGGUAAUUAGAGCGUGAGAGAAGGUUGCAUGAUAACAACACAGCACCAGCAGUGGUGGAUCACAGAGCAUGAUUCCAGUGACAGAAUUCCGUCAGUUUUCUGAGCAGCAGCCAGCUUUCCGUGUGCUCAAGCCCUGGUGGGAUGUGUUCAUGGACAAUCUCUCGGUGGCCAUGCUGAUGAUAGGAGGGUUUGGGUGCACAUUACAGAUCAUGCCAGUCAAGAUCCUAUGUUUGCCAGAAAGAAUACAGACUGUUCACAAUUCUUCAGACUAUAAUACAUUAAAUUCCCUGACCAAUAGCUUGUCGGCCUCUCCACCAAAUCCAAUGGCACCAGGGACAGUUGAAAUGAAGGGGCUCAAAACCAACUUAGACAUUCAGCAGUACAACUUUAUAAGCUACAUGUGCUAUGAGCUUGCCAUUCCAUGGUAUACCAAAUAUUUUCCUUACCUGGUUCUACUUCAUACGUUAAUGUUUAUGAUUUGUAGCAACUUUUGGUUUAAAUAUCCAGGUUCAUGUUCAAAAAUUGAGCUUUUUAUAACAGUACUAUGGAAAUGUUUUGACUCUCCUUGGACAACCAGAGCCUUGUGCAAUGUGUCUGGCGAAGAACCAAAAGAGAAACACAGCAAAAAGAACAGUGUGAACAAGCCUAACAUAAGCCAGCCAGUAACUGAGACUCCAUUGUUAAAACCAGCAGCUGACACUUCUAUUGUGGGUAAAGCUGCUGCCAGAGAUAUGGAUGAGAAGGAACGAGAGCAAGCCAAAGCCUUGUUUGAGAAGGUGAAAAAAUUUCGACAUCACGUGGAAGGAGGCGUUCUUCUUUAUAUUACAUAUGUCAACCAAAUCAUAUUUAAAUUGCUCCAUUUUCUGUUUGUCAUUGGAUACAAUGGUGCAUUGGUUUCAGAAAUACAGUUUACUGUAGACUGUAAGGUUGAUAUAGAAGAUGUGACAGGAUACAAUCAUUUCUAUUGUAAUCUUCCUAUGGGUCCUCUGUUUUCUAAGUUGUCCUUUUUUUAUCUCUGCCUUGUGGGUGUUUACGGCCUCUCUUGCCUCUAUACAUUAUAUUGGCUAUUCUAUCGCUCUUUAAAGGAAUAUUCCUUUGAAUAUGUCCGUUUGGAGACUGGCAUCAACGAUAUCCCAGAUGUCAAAAAUGAUUUAGCUUUCCUGUUCCACAUGAUAGAUCAAUAUGACCCUUUGUAUUCCAAGCGCUUUGCUGUGUUCCUCUCUGAAGCCAGUGAAAACAAGUUAAAACAAUUGAACUUAAACAAUGAGUGGACAGCAGAAAAGCUGAGGCAAAAGCUUCAAACAAAUGCAUCCAGCCGACUGGAGUUACAAUUGUUUAUGCUCUCUGGCCUUCCAGAUACUAUAUUUGAAAUAAGGGAAAUACAGUCUUUAAAGUUGGAAAAUAUACCUAAUGUUAUGAUUCCAGCAGCCAUUGCUCAGCUAGACAAUCUACAAGAACUGUCCUUGUGUCAGUGUCCUGCUAAGAUUCACAGUGCAGCCUUGGCAUUCCUAAAGGAGAAUCUGCACAGUUUGAGUGUUAAGUUCAUUGAUGCCCGAGACAUUCCACCAUGGAUAUAUGGCUUAGGAAACUUGGAGGAACUGCGCCUGACUGGUUCCUUAAACCCAGAAAUAGCAAAAACCAUCCCAUUUGAUUCAUUCAAAAAGCUGAAGAGCCUGAAACACCUAUUUAUAAAUAGCAAUGUAACCAGUAUCCCUCAGCAUGUUGUCGAUAUUUCCGCUCAGCUUCAGAAACUCAGCAUUGACAAUAAUGGAAUCAAGUUGGUCACACGGAGCAGUCUGAAGAACAUGUCCAAUCUCAUGACACUGGAGCUUAUAAACUGCAAAUUGGACCGCAUUCCAAAUUCAAUAUUUAGCCUUUUAGCACUAAAAGAACUGGAUUUAAAGAAGAAUAACCUAAAGUCGAUUCAAGAAAUAGCAAGUUUUCAAAAUCUGCAGAAACUUUCUAUCUUAAAGUUGUGGCACAACAGCAUUACAAAGAUCCCAGAUCAUAUACACCGACUAGCAAACUUGGAGCAGCUUUAUAUUAGUCACAAUAAUAUAGGGGACCUUCCCUAUGAGUUGUUUUUGUGCUACAAACUCCGGCACCUGGAGCUGUCCAACAAUAGCAUCAGGUCAAUUCCACAUUAUAUUGGAAUGCUCAUCAACUUAAAGUAUUUCUCCGUUUCUUUCAACCAAAUAGAAACCAUCCCAGAUGAACUGUACUUGUGCAGGGAACUGGAGAGUCUGAACUUUAGACACAAUCAGUUACUCACACUCUCACCAAACAUUGGCAACCUGGCACACCUCUCAUGCUUGGACCUUAAAGACAAUCCCAUUGGAACUUUGCCACCAGAACUUGGUUCUUGCCAAGCCCUGAAAAGGAAUGGACUCGGUGUUGAAGAGAGGCUUUUUGAAACAUUGCCAUUCGACAUUAGAGACAAAAUGACAAAGGAACAAAUUACUUAAAUGUUUAUAUUUAAUUUGUUGAUAGGCAGACACCUAUUCUAUAGCAUAAAUGUGAGAAAUACACAAAGCAGCAAUUUAGAUGUGCAAAUGUUUACACUUCACUGGAAAGUGAAUCAUAUGAAGGUAUUUAGGGCAGAUAUACUAGCCCUAGUGGGAGGUCUGGUAUGAAAUGGGCAACUUACUGGACAAUAGGUGAGAUGUUCCUGGUAUUGCAUCAUACUGUAAUUGCGGCUGGAAAUAGAAUAAAGCUUUAUAGUAGCUCUACAUCUUUUCAUUAUAGCUUAUGGGAAUAUGUUGCUCCAAGCAACAAUACCAGCACCUAGGGACUCGUAGAGAAGUCUUUCAUUUUCUAAUACAAGGCUUUCUUUUUGUUAUUUUUAGAAUGUAUUUUUCUGAUCAGUCCUUCCCCUAUUGUCCAGUCAGCUAUCCCAACCACUCACCAUUGAUAGGGCAAUAAAGCAACCAAAUAGUAAUGAAAUCGUUGCAUGAAAAAAAAAAUUGCCUAGUAGUCAACACCAUAAUAAAAUGUAGUUUUACAGUUAACAGUUCAAGUUACUGUUCAUGAUUUAGAGAUUCGAUGUUACGUUUUUCUUUGUUUGUUAUGAUGGCUCAGGAUACUCUACUUAAAAUAGCCCUUUAUUUAUUAAAACGAAUUACAGUGCAUUUAAAAUGGUUUGUGACAUUAUUUGCAACGGAGAUGUGUCCUAAUAUGCCUACAUUCUCUCCUGUAUAUAUGAAACUCAUUGAUAAUAAUAAAGAUUUCACUUACAC